AUGGGCCCGGCCGCGCCGGCGCCGGAGGCCGUGGAGCCGGAGGCGUGGUACGGCAACAUCCAGUACCUCAUCAACAUCUCCGCCGUGGGCGCCUCCUCCUGCGUGCUCCUCUUCCUGCUCGUCAAGCUCCGCUUCGACCACCGCCGCGCCAUCCCGGGGCCCUCCGCGCUCGCCGCCAAGCUGCUCGCCGUCUACCACGCCACGGCGCCGCAGAUCGCGCUGCACUGCGGCGCGGACGCGGCGCAGUUCCUGCUCUUCGAGCGCGCCGCCUUCCUCGUGCUCGCCGCCGUCUCGCUCGCCGCGCUCGCCGCCGCGCUCCCGCUCAACCUCCUCGCCGGGGACGCCGCCAUCGCCGACCAGUUCGCCGCCACCACCAUCGCCCACAUCCCCAGGGCCUCCCCGCUGCUCUGGCUCCACCUCCUCCUCGUCGCCGCCGUCGUCGCCAUCGCGCACCUCGGGAUCUCCCGCAUGGAGGACGCCCUCCGCAUCACGCGCUUCCGCGACGGCAACGGCAACCCCAGCGACCCCAACUCCAGCUCCGUCGCCGUCUUCACCGUCAUGAUCCAGGGCAUCCCUAGGUCGCUCGCCGCCGACAGGACCCCCCUCAAGGAUUACUUCGACCACAAGUACCCUGGCAAGGUGUACCGCGUCAUCGUGCCCUUCGACCUCUGCACCCUAGAGUACCUCGCCGAAGAGUGGGGAAACGUCCGGAACAAAAUCUCCUGGCUGGAGGCAAGGAUGGACGCCCGCAGCCUCUUCGACGAAUUCGUGCACAACGAAACAACAGGCCAGCUGGAAGCGCAUUGGCUUGUCAGGAGAUGCAAAGAGCUAUGGGCGAUGGCCGCGCAGAGGUUUGGAUUUACCGACGACGAGAGGCUAAGGAAGCUGCAGACCAGCAAACUUGUGAUCGGGAGCAGGCUGUCGGAUUACAAGGAAGGCCGUGCGCCUGGUGCUGGCAUAGCGUUCGUUGUGUUCAAGGACGUGUACACGGCAAACAAGGCCGUGAGGGAUUUCCGGAUGGAGAGGAAGAAGACGCCCAUCGGCAGGUUCUUCCCGGUGAUGGAGCUCCAGCUCGAGAGGAGCCGGUGGAGGGUGGAGAGGGCACCUCCCGCGUCAGACAUCUACUGGAAUCAUCUCGGGAUGAGCAAGACCUCGCUAGCUCUGCGGCGAAUCGCGGUCAACACCUGCCUCAUUCUGAUGCUCCUCUUCUUCAGUUCACCGUUGUCGAUACUCAGCGGGAUGCAGAACGCGGCGCGGAUCAUCAACGUGGAGGCGAUGGAUCAAGCCAAGUCGUGGAUCGUUUGGCUUCAAGGCUCGAGCUGGUUCUGGACAAUAAUAUUCCAGUUCCUGCCCAAUGUCCUGAUCUUCGUGAGCAUGUAUAUUAUCAUCCCAUCAGUGUUGUCCUACUUCUCCAAGUUUGAGUUCCAUCUCACAGUGUCGGGGGAACAGAGGGCUGCAUUGCUCAAGAUGGUUUGCUUCUUCCUUGUCAAUCUCAUCUUGCUGCGUGCGCUGGUCGAAUCGUCACUUGAAAGUUGGAUACUUAGCAUGGGACGGUGCUAUUUAGAUGGUGCUGACUGCAAGCAGAUUGAACAUUACUUGAGCCCAACUUUUCUGUCAAGGUCUUCGCUUUCGUCCCUGGCGUUCUUGAUCACGAGCGCCUUCCUGGGAAUAUCUUUUGAUCUGCUGGCUCCAAUCCCUUGGAUAAAGCAUAUAAUGAGGAAAUUUAGAAAGAAUGAUAUGAUCCAGUUGGUGCCUGAAGAAAACGAGGAAAGCCAGUAUAUGCAGAAUGGCGAAGAAACAAAUGGUUUGAUAUCGCCUCUGAUGUCUGAGAGAAGCGACAGCGACUUUCUCAAUGGUAUUGCGGGGCAUGAUCUUUCCAUGUACCCGAUAAACCGGAGCUUCCACAUGCCAAAGCAGAAAUUUGACUUUGCGCAGUACUACGCGUUCGACAUUACAAUAUUUGCACUCACGAUGAUCUACUCGCUGUUCGCUCCGCUUGUUGUUCCAGUUGGUGCAGUAUACUUUGGCUACCGUUACCUUGUGGACAAGUACAAUUUCCUGUUCGUGUACAGAGUGAGAGGAUUUCCUGCAGGCAAUGAUGGGAAGCUGAUGGAUAGGGUGUUGUGCAUCAUGCAGUUCUGCGUUAUCUUCUUCCUUGCUGCAAUGUUGCUCUUCUUCGCGGUCCAGGGUGAUUCCAUGAAGUUACAGGCUAUAUGUACUCUUGGGUUGUUAGUGUUCUAUAAGUUGCUUCCAUCUGGAAGUGAUCGAUUCCAGCCAUCCUUGCUAGAAGGAAUGCAGACAGUUAACAGCUUUGUAGAUGGUCCGACGGACUAUGAAGUUUUUUCACAACCUGAACUGGAUUGGAAUCUGUAUCAAUCCUGAAGAGAAAACUCAAGGUCAAUACACACUUGUUUCAUUACAAAGUCAUCUAGUAUCAGCGGAGCUUCUCGUUGUACAGCUCUCAUUUCUUUUGUACAGUUAUGUAGAUUAACUCCUUUAUUUUCUAGCUGCAACUGAUUGUUUUGGAAAUGACCAACACUUCAAUUCAGAUAAUGAAGACAUGAAAAUAUCUGCAAUUA